AUGGUGCGCCGGCAGAAGGCGAGGGCGGCGGCCGCGGGCAAGCGCGGGGCUGCCGCCGCGCUCCCCAGCCCGGCCUCCUCCUCGGAGGACGAGGCGGACGAGGCCCCGGAGGAGGUGCCCUUCGGCGUGGCGAAGGAGGCGGCCGAAGCCGAGCGGAAGCUCGUGGGGGAGGCGGCGCGGAGGCACCGAGAGCUGCUGAAGGAGAAGCGGCGGCGGCGCCAGGAGCUGUUCGCGGAGCAGAAGAAGCGCAGGCUGCUGCCCGAGGCCGUGCUGCAGGAGCUGCAGGAUGUGUCCGCACGGGCCUGUGAGCAGGUUGUGGCAGAUGACCCAGUUACUCCCAGUGAAGAACUUGAGGCUGGAGCUGAACAGCUGGAACAAGACCAGACCCAAAGGCAAGGCCAAGCCGAAGUGCAGGAGAAGAAAGGGAAGAGGAACAAGGGUGCCAGGACAAAAGGGAACUACAUGGCUGUGUGCUUGAAAGACCACGGUGUAACAGGCCUCCACCAACAGCUCGCCAAAGACUUCCUAAAUGCUCAGCUCUAUGGGCCACACACCAACCGGGUACAGGCGAAUGAAUUUUUUUCCCUUGCAAACAAGAAAGCCCCAGUCAAAAAAGCUGCAGUUCAAUUUGUGGACAAGUCUUGGGGGCAAGAUAAAAAGGAAAAAGCAGCAAGGUUUAAGAAACGUUGGCUGGCAACACAGAUCAAAAAUGGAGUCUGAAGACAGCUUUUUCAGAAGAUGCUGCUACAGACCUUUUAGUGACAGUUGAUCUCAACACACCACAGGUGGUUUUUUCCUCCCCUUCAUCAUCACUUUGCUUUUGGCUCCAGCCAGCAGAAUGAAGACCAGACUUCCCUGUUCUCCCCCUUGGAGAAGUUCUUGGGGAAGCUAUAGAGCAGCCAGGCCAGUGUUGUAGAACAGCUGGUGCUAGGACCAGGCUUGCUGAGCUGCCUCCAUGAGGCAAUGCCUUUGCAGAGAAUAAAGAGCAAUGUUGUACC